AUGGUUAAAGUCUACGGAAAACGCAGCAGCUCACUUGUAUGUCAGUUCAGUCAACCUAACGAUUCAGAAGUGGAAUUGAGCGACACAGAAGAUGGGAAACAAGAAGAUGAUCAACGCGAUUGUGCAACAGAGGUAACAGACUCGACAUCAGGUGGUCAAGACGAGCUGGCAUUGUCGAACGAUACCACUGUGGAAACAUCCAAACUCAGCUGUGACUCAGAGGACCAAUUUAGCAUUUCAAGUGUACCGUCAAGCGUUCAAGGAACUCAUAACGAAGAUAAGUUCAAGGCAUUUGAUUUCUUAGACAGUAAUACGAAUACCAAGAAGAGGAGAACGAACUAUAGACGAAAUAAUUCUGAAGUUUGCGAUAUACCAGCAACUGGAUUCCCCAGUAUUCCAAUUGACAGAACAGUUUCUGAUCUAAAUGCUUUCUUGUCGUCACUACAACCAGCUAAUGGAGAAGACGACUUACAAGAAACACUCGAGAGAGAAUUGAGAAAAUCAGUCCAGGAGAGCAAAUCUAAAGUAAGAGGAAGAGUAAUGUACGAUCGUUCUCGAACUAUGCUGUAUAACAAAGAAGAAGAAGAAAAUGCGAUUGAAGAAGGCGAGGAGAAGGAAGAUACAACUGAGAUAUCUGAAGAAGAUCCAAGUAGUGCAGACGGAUCUACUCAUCACUACAAUGAGUUGAAGAACAUGGGAGAGUCAUUGAAAUAUCAGGACGAUUUGGGGUUUCUGACGGAGAAAUCGCCCUCUAAGCUCGAUACUGAUUCCUUUACUUCUAGGCUGCUCAAUUUAGCUUUGACCUUGAAACAAGACGAAGAUUUCCUCCUGUAUGUCGAUAAGCAUUGUGCGAUUGAUGUUUGUAGCUGGUCUCUCGCCAAGAAGGCCUUGGAUCAUCCAGUCACAACCAUGUUGCAGGCAUUUUUGCUGGCCAAAAUCGACCUCCCGCAGGAAAGUUUACCAUUCCUGUCUGAAAAGCUGAUUGUAGCAUUACUCUCAGCUGAUAAAGUGCCACCAAAGUCCGCUUUGCAUAGCAAGAUGACACGGUUGAAUUUCAUUGAUUUUCUGAAAAGGACAGAUCAUACCACAGGUCAGGUAUAUGCACUUGAACUAUGCCUCAAGUAUCGUAAUAUACUGAAAUCGGAGGAUAUUUCCAGACGUGUUAUUCGUUUGAUUGAGGAAAAUAAAAACCCGCAAUUGAGAGUCUUACUUCAUCCACUGGCUGACUGUAUCCUUACGCAAGAUACCACUAUUUUGCAAGAUUUCACACAAGGCAGCUCUUUAUUGAGCAAUUUGGUGGCUGCUCUGCCCCAGGAGUGCAAUGACGAAUUUUUGAUUAAGUCAUUGAUUUUACUCUCCAAUGAGCACAAGAUAAUUACACAGGCCUCUAAGGAUGACAAGACAAAAAUAAUGAACUGUUCGUUAGAUUUUGUUCUUGAUAAUGUUCGCGCUGAGAAGAGCGACAACUUAGACAUGGUCAUAUUGCAUCUGGGGCUCAUCUUAAACCUAGUCGAUGCAUGCGAUUGGCAAAUCGAUGCAUCCCGACUAGAGCUCGCACGAGAUAUGCUAUACAAGAAUAUGAAUACUGGCAACACCGAAUUUAUGGUUUUCAUGCUUUCUUUGGCUCUUACUCACUUGCUUCAUCGUUCAGGAGUGCUCCUACCACGGGAUGAGAAGAAUUUACUAACCAAAAUUUUGAAACCAUUCGAUAGUGAGGCCAAAAAUUGUAACGAAUCUAUUCGCAUAAAGGUCACUACUGCAUUGAAUUACCUUCUAUAA